AGUCGUGCUCGAAGAUUGUACAAAAUGGAUGUCGUCAUGAGAUACUACAAUCUUAACCGUAUUUUCUUACUGUGCAACGGCUUGUGGCCUUAUCAAACAAACAUGUCUAAGAAGAUUCACUUGGUCUGCAUACUUUUUGUCUUCAUGCAAUUUCUCAUUUUUCAGUCAAUGAUAUUCAUCACAGUCGAUUUCAGCAUUCUGCUACUUCUAGAAGUUCUUUCGACUUUAUUCAUAUCCCUUGUUUUUGUGUAUAAAUAUGGCACGAUAUACUUCAAUAUGGAUAAGGUAAAUGCAAGUGACAUGAUUAUUAGAUCGAUCGAUAUCACCGUGAAACACCAUCAAAAAAUCUCUCGGUUAAUUGCGACACAGGUGAAGCUAUUCUUCGAACGCAUUCAGUAUGAUUGGGAUACGCUCAAAGAUCCAGUGGAGUAUGAAAUAAUGAAGAGACAGGCUAACAUCGCGCAAUGGUACACGAAAUAUUUUACGCUGAUCAUGUAUGUAAUUACAUUCCUAUUUAUUACAAUGCAUUACGUGCCGCUUCUUCUGGACGCUGUGGUCCCAUUAGCCAAGCCUCGACCCCGAAGGAUAUUGGUAGUCGGAGAAAUGUUCAUCGAUCAGCAUAAGUACUUUCACAUGGUACUGUUAAAUAUAACGAUAUCGAGCUUGAUCGGUAUGACCACUGUAAUAGCGGCCGAAACUUUGCUUAUGGUAUUGGUGCAACAUGUGUGUGGAUUAUUAAAAGUUACCAGUUAUCGAAUAACGCGCGCUUUCGAUAACGAUUGCUCCCCAGUUCUGAGACAUGGCAAAAAGUGCAUAGUUUGUACCAAAUUGGCGAGCGCCGUAAACAUUCACAGGAGUGCUAUCAUGUUCGCAGAUUGCGUAAGAGAUUGCUUUGGAAUAUCUUAUCUUAUAUUGAUUUUGUUCGGCGUUGCUUCUUUAAGUAUUAAUCUAUAUCGAGUAAGUAGUAUUCGAUUUUUUUUUAUGGAAAGUUUAUAGUUCGUAAUAAUGUCCAACAUCUAGAUUGCAAAUCCGAAAUGAAAUGAAAACAAUUUUGUGAACUUAAUUCCUUCACUCCCGCACUAUUUUUCUCGACCGGUCCUAAGAUGCCAAGAACAAAAGAUUCUCGGAAUUUAGUGAAAGUUUAUAUGAGGGAAGGGGAGACUCAUGAUGCUGAUAACAAAUGUCAAAUCAAGUAUAAAAAUUGUAUCAUAAUGUAAAUAUUGAAAAAUUUUUUUAAUUUUCAUUCUUCUAACAGCCAUAUAUUUUUUUCUGAGGCAACAUUUUGCAAAUAAGACUACAAAAACGUGUUCACAAUAUCCAAAAACCCCUGAUUAAAUUAGCUUUAAUGGUAAAAUUACUUAAAAGCUUUACUGUAAAAUAAUAUUUCAUGAAGAGUGUUUUCGCGGCAUUGAACGUAAAGUCCAAAAUGACGUAAAUUUUCAUCAUCGGUAAAGAAGAGUUUAAAAAAAUAUUGCAUAAGUCUUUCGUACAAAAUAAGUAUAAAAAGUUUAAUAUCGAAUGACAACGGCAUAUUCCUUUUACCCCAAAAAAAUAUUUUAUGAUAAAA